AUGCCGGAGAAGGUGGUAUCCACGCCUUAUCCACUCAUCGAUGCGGACCCUCAUUUUGCGCGUGUUGUGCGCUACAUGCGCCCCUCCGACUAUGCUUGGUGGGGAGCACUGACUGCUGCUUUCCCUGGACUUCUCUAUGGCUGGCAAUGGACUGACCCUCUUCCGAUCAAACAUGGAAUGAAGACCACACUUCGUGUGGGAGGCGUUAUGGGCUUCCUUGGUGGUUUCCUAUUCGCCUACCAAAGAUCAAGCUUCCGUUUCCUGGGGUGGUCGGAGAACAAGCGGGAAGAGGAGAAGGAUUUCGCAGAGCUCUCUCAGCGUGCACGGGAGGGCAAACCUCUCUGGGGCGAGUCUCCUCAACCGAUGUGGGUCCAGGCGGCCGCUCACCGAAACUCUCAAUUCUCGCAACUCAAAUUUGGUGCUUUCCCCAUGUUCAACUUUGUUAACCACCCAUACCACGGCGUCGACCCCGCGAAGUACGGCGUCAAGCCUGUGGAGGCUACCGAGGCUUGA